AUGAAUGACCUAGUGCUGAGUGAAGCAAUAAACGAUGCUGCUAGGCGCAAGAAUGAGACUAUUGUGCGAAUCAAACAGGCACUCAAAGAUAGGCGGCUGGUGAUAAUAGUUGGGGCGGGGGUCACCCUCAGUGCUACCACCGACGAUAAUGGCAGACCUCCUUCGCGAAUCACAUGGCAGGGCCUGAUCCGUAACGGCUUGGACUACCUUGUCACCGAAAAUUAUGUGGAGGCCUCCAACCGCAGGACCCGGCGAGCGUAUGAGGCGCUGGAGGAUGGCGAUACUGACAGCUUACUGGAUGCGGCCGGUAUUCUUCGCGAUCAACUAACACGAAUGGGUCAGUUCCCUACUUGGUUGGGUUCGAUAUUCGACAGCCUUUACCAGGAAGUGAGGCAACCUGCCAUCCUCGACGUGUUGCACACCUUACACCAGGAAGGCGCAACUCUCUUAACUACCAACUAUGACGACUUACUUGAGCGACACUGUGAGCUACGCCGUAUCGGCCGAUCGAAUCAAGAUGAUGUUCUAAGAUUCAAGCGCGGAGACAUCGACGGAGUUUUCCAUAUACAUGGAAGCUACCAUGACCCUGGCGAAGUGGUUCUGGAUACCACGGACUAUUACCAAGUCAGGCAGUCGAAUGAAGUCCAGAGCAUUUUGAAGAAUUUCCUGGAGUUCAAGACUAUACUGUUUGUGGGAUGUGGGUCCGGAUUGGAGGACCCCAACUUCGACGUGCUGUUGCAGUGGGUGAGUGCACAGCAGGAGAAUAUUCCCAAUAGGCACUGCCUACUUGUUCGAGACGGUGAUAUUCUUAACUAUAGGCCACUGGUUCGAAUCAAAUACGGACCAGACUAUGGAGACCUAGUUCCCUUUCUCAAUCAGCUCAGUUCAACGCCAGCGGGAUUGCCUAGACCUAGACCUGAUUCCGCUAUUCAAGCAAAUGAACGCGACGAGACUGGGUUCACUGUACUGGAUCGUGCUGCAUUGAAAGGCAACGUCGAGGAGAUUCAGGCCCAAUGGGACCUGGGGGCCGACCUCGAUGCUAUCGAACCUGGAAGGGGAUAUACUCCACUCAUUGAGAGCAUUUAUCAAGACAAGUUCGACGCAUUCAAGGCCCUGAUUGCAUUUGGUGCAGACGUGAACAAGCCCAACAGAGAUCAACACUCUCCACUGCAUUUUUGUUUGAACUGGAGGAAGGAUUUCAGGUUUGGAUUCACGCUUCUCAACGAAAUUGCCAUCGAGGUGGAUGGGACAGACAAGAACGGCCGCACCCCACUAAUGCUCGCGGCUCUAACUAACUCCCCACCUUUCGCGGACCUGAUACUCAAUCGAGGAGCUAACGUUAAUGGUAGAGACAAAAAUGGCAUGACGGCGAUGCAUUUUGCAGCAAUGGCCCGGUCCACAAAAGUCAUGGACCGACUUCUUGAAAGCGAAGCAGAUAUGAACUCCCCAAAUAAUAUGGGUCUGACGCCCCUAAGGGUCGCGCUUAAUUCUCACGCCGACGAGAGCCUGCAUUGGUUACUACAACACGGCGCGGAUGUCGGAGCUAGUUUCAAUGCUGAAGAUGAGAGUGGUAUGACAGCAAUGCAUUUUGCAGCAAAGGCCGGGUCUACAGAGCUUAUGGGCCGCCUACUCGAAGACGGAGCGGAUAUUAACUCUAAAAACAAUGUUGGCCAGACACCACUAAUGCUCGCGCUCGAUGCUUCUGACAGCAGAAGUAUAAACUGGUUGCUAGAGAAUGGAGCGGAAGUAAACGCCGGACGAAAACAACUGAACACGGCUGCAGGUUGCGAGGACUAUGAAUAA